UUGCUCAGCGGAAGCAACACGCGUAUGUUGUCCGCACGCGGCGUCGUAAAACCUAAAUAAUCACGUUCAACACAGUAUCCGAUCGAAACGAAAUUGUUUACAAAAAGGUAAUCGUGUGUCGUGUUCGUUUGGAAACAGCUAUUGUUUGAUCUUAUUGGAGUUGUUGUUAGCGAAACUUGUGAUACUGAAAGGUCAAUGUUUUACUGCUAACUGAACUUGAUAAUGGAUACGAAGGAUCUAAGUUAUACGAACUAAGUAUGACCGGUCCAGAUAAAAUGGAUAGAGCUGCUUUUCGACGAUGAUGCUAAUAUUUUACUUGGCAAAAAUGUUGGAAAUACCAGACAAUAUAUCCGAAGCCAGCUUCGUAACAAGCGUAGAAGAAGCGUCUCGGAUAGAUCAAUGUACUCAGACUCCGCCGUGUGGGAAGUCAAAGCCGCGCUCAUUACUACGAUACAACACUACCGACCACUUGUACGAGAGACAUCGGCCUUACAGACUGAAGGACUACAGACCGAAGAGUUUGGGCGUCUGCGAGUCCUAUCAAUGUCUCGGAAAGCCGCCGAGCUAUGACAGUGGAAGUCAGGCAAAAGUCAAGGUGACGGCAGCGGACAGUCCCGCUAUAUCAGUGACCCCGCCUCACAGCUUGGAGUACGAUUGUCCGAAGGGUAUCAUCACUCCAAACGGGAGUGUCACCCCAACCGGUAUGUUGACUAACAAGUCCAACACCACGGUGCUGUUAAGCCCGAGCUACUUGCAAAGUCCUUGCCAAUGUAACCAAUCGAUUAGGAGUACAAGCGAAAUAGCACUAGCCAUGCCAGUCACUGGAUUUAACGAAGAGGCUCCCGGCCCCGCGUCACCAGAUGGCUUAUCCUGGAGAAGAUUACACAUGUCCAGAGCCAAACUCAAAGCCACUGCUACCACCUCCGAAUUAUUAUCAGGUUUCGCAAUGGUAGCGAUGGUGGAACUCCAAAUCAACGAGCCAACGAACGUUCCAGAAUGGCUAUUCGUCAUGUUCGCCGUUUGCACCACCGUUUUAGUAGCAGUUCAUAUAUUCGCCCUUAUGAUAUCCACGUACCUGCUGCCAAAUAUAGAUGCUGUCAGCAAGAUGGACAACUCGCCCGGGGCGCCGGCGCGCGCCUUGCGGGACUCCCCCCACGAGAGGAUGAGAGGCUUCAUCGAACUAGCUUGGGCCUUCAGUACUGUCUUAGGUUUAUUUCUAUUCUUAGUAGAAAUAGCUAUUCUCUGUUGGGUAAAGUUUUGGGACUACUCCUUUGCUGCGGCAACUGCAGCCACCGUUAUUGUUAUUCCAGUAUUAAUUGUCUUCGUUGCAUUUGCGAUUCAUUUCUACCACUCCUUGGUAGUGCAGAAGUGUGAGACAUCAGUUCAAGACAUCAAGCAACUUGAAAAUAUGAAAAGGGAUCUAGACACCGCAACUGUUAAAGUUAAUAUGUACCAAUGAUUCUGAUAUGAAAUAUCAAAAACAUGUUAGUGCAAGAAAUUGUGUAAUAGAAAAACUAAGUAAAGUAUGUAAUUAUUCAAAAUAUGUAAUAUUCUAUACAAUUUGUUAUAAUACGAACUUUUAUGAUGUUAAUAUUGAAAA